AUAUUCGUGUUCAGAAUGUGGGAAAUGUUUUACACAAAAAUCAAAUCUAGUUAUGCAUGAGAGAAAUCACACAGGAGUGAAGCCAUAUUCGUGUUCAGAAUGUGGGAAAUGUUUUAAAGAUCAAUUAGGUCUUGUUAGACAUAAGAGAAGAAGUCACACAGGAGAGAAGCCAUAUUCGUGUUCAGAAUGUGGGAAAUGUUUUACAAAUAAAUCAAAUCUAGUUAUACAUGGAAGAAAUCACACAGGAGUGAAGCCAUAUUCGUGUUCAGAAUGUGGGAAAUGUUUUACAAAUAAAUCUAAUCUAGUUAAACAUGAGAGAAAUCACACAGGAGAGAAGCCAUAUUCAUGUUCAGAAUGUGGGAAAUGUUUUACACAAAAAUCAGAUCUUGUUAGACAUAAGAGAAGUCACACAAAAGAGAAGCCAUAUUCGUGUUCAGAAUGUGGGAACUGUUUUACACAAAAAUCAUAUCUAGUUAUACAUGAGAGAAGUCACACAGGAGAGAAGCCGUUUUCAUGUUCAGAAUGUGGGAAAUUCUUUAAAAUCAAAUCAAAUCUUGUUAUACAUGAGAGAAUUCACACAGGAGAGAAACCAUUUUCAUGUUCAGAAUGUGGGAAAUGUUUUAGAAAGAAAUCAAAUCUAGUUAUACAUGAGAGAACUCACACAGGAGAGAAGCCAUAUUCAUGUUCAGAAUGUGGGAAAUGUUUUACACAAAAAUCGAAUCUUGUCACACAUCAGAGAAGUCACGCAGGAGCAAAUUUCUGAAAUCAGCAGAUUCCAUUUGGGUACAAAUAAAUUCAAACCAAAGUGACAGUGCUCAGAUUGCCCUAAUAAAUUGUGAAUGACAUUCUGAAGUCUUGUAGGGUUUUAUCGUCAAGGCAGCAUUAGCAAUCUUAAAGUGGCAGUGAAAUAUAUAGAUAUGGAUAACAGAUGGUGGCCGGUGGUAAUAAAGAAACUGUUUAACAACACAUUGCACUUUUGGCUUUGUUAUGCUUUUUAACCACUUAAGGACCACAGGUUUCUACCCCCCUAGUGACCAGGC